GAAAACCGUUCGAAUAUUUUUCAGUUGACAUUCUCAAUUUGUAGUUGUUCAAAGGAAGAAAAAUGAAAACGUUAAUUAUAAUUCUUAUUUCCAUUUCAUUGGUGUACUCUCAAACAAUCGGACCAGGACAGCCUGAUAGCAGAUGUCCACCAGGAACUUCAAAUCCACCAGUUCAUCUACCAAGCAACGAUUGCACAGUUUUUCUUACCUGCAUUGGUGGUCUUGCUUAUCCUCAAGCAUGUCCUCCAGGACAACAUUGGAGUGUUCGAUAUAAUUGGUGUGACUGGCCUGAACGCGCCGAGUGCACACCUUCAAGUGGACUUCAGUGCCCACCAACUAAUGAUCCCGUCACGCAUUUCCCACAUGAAAACGAUUGUACUAAAUUCUACAAAUGUGAUUGGGGAACUCCAGUUUUGUUUGAUUGUCCGCCUGGUCAAGAGUUUGGCCCCCAAAUCGACAGAUGUGACUGGCCUGAAGUUGCUCAGUGCUCAGGCACAAGUGGACCUCAAUGUCCACCAACUAAUGAUCCCAUCACACAUUUGCCACAUGAAAGAGACUGCACGAGAUUUUACAAAUGUAAUUGGGGAAAUCCAAUUGAAUUUGAAUGCCCACCAGGUCAGGAAUUUGGCCCCCAAAUCGGUAGAUGUGAUUGGCCUGAGUAUGCAAAUUGUAAUUUAGGAGGAGGUGGAAGUGGAGAAGGUGGAAAUGGCAGUGGAAGUAAAGGCAGUGGAAGCGGAAGUGGAGAAAGCGGGAAUAAUAGUGGAUGGUCAACCAAAUCGAAGUCUAAAUCGAAGUCUAAAUCCAAAUCUAAUUCCAAAUCUAAAUCCGGUUCAGGCGAAGAUUGCUAGAAAAACUAAAAAUUAUUUCGCUAAAGCUAAAAUAACAUUCUACAUUCUUUAAAAGUAGGACUAAGACAAGAUCGAUCACUGUUACAAUUAUAAUUAACACCAAAAUCAGAUUAUCUGUAUGAAAUUGUGUUAGCAAUAAAACUUUUAUCUUAUCGAAAUAAAUUAAAAGCAGUUUAAAAGAUUAGAAAAAUAUGUUUGAAGAGCAUCAAAUAAAAGUCAGAAAUGAAGAAGACCCGAAGAUAACUUUUAAGUGAAAAGUUUUUUCGAUGCACUGUUAACGGA